AUGUCGUUCUCAAACGCAUACGGAGACCACGAGGAGCAAGAUUUCUGUCAGAUCGGUUUUUCGCAGCGUAAUCUCGUCCACUGGCACCCGGGAGCGGUUAUCUUGGACAGGGUACUCGGAAAUGUGCAGGCGCAGGCCUUUACUGGGGCUUACGCUUUCCUGAUGCUGGCUUUGAUCCUGAUGCUGGCUGUGAGAGACGGCUUGCCUCCCUUCAUCUGGUUCCUCCUGGCCUACCUGAUCCGCUUUGCCUUUGACAUGACAAUUACUUCGAGUUUAUUCUAUUUGUCGUCACUCGGUCACUGCGACGACGCCAAAGGCGCACUGGCUUCGAUCCUGCCGUUCUAUGCAAUGGCAGGCUAG